AUGGCAAAACUGAGUAAUGAUGUACUGUAUAGCCUUAAAGCUUUCUUGGCCAACAAGAAAUGCGUGACCACAAAACCUCUGUCUUCUUCUGUUCUUUCCCUCUCCAGUGAAUACAGAGGUUUGAUCAAACACACAGGAGGCUGCCACUGCGGAGCUGUCCGCUUUGAGGUCUGGGCAUCACCAGAUCUGCAUGUUUUUAACUGCAAUUGCAGCAUUUGCACAAAGAAACAGAAUAGACACUUCAUCGUCCCAGCUUCGCGUUUCAAGCUGCUGAAGGGUGCUGAAAAUCUGACAACAUACACCUUCAACACACAUCGUGCUCAGCACACGUUCUGCAAGACCUGUGGUGUACAGAGCUUUUAUACUCCUCGCUCUAAUCCAGAUGGUUACGGAAUAGCUCCCCAUUGCCUGGAUGAUGGCACUGUGCACAGCAUUGUCAUAGAGGAUAUCAAUGGCAAGGAGUGGGAGAAGGCAGUGAAGGAACAUAAGACCAUCAGAGACAUGUCAAAACCCUGACAUGCCUUCCCAGCAGCUGAAUGUGGAGCAUCGCCGUGGAACUGUAGUUUGGGCUUUCUGUGGUGAGGGUUAGCAAAAUCAGUCUCUUCGUUGUUGUUGUCAUUAUCAGCUUUCUGUUUCUUAAAUAAACCUUUGUAUGCUGCCUGUCCUGUCCA